CGCCCCCGACUGUCUGGCAGAUGGCGGAGUACAAGCGGGCCACGCUCCGGGACGAAGACGCACCCGAGACCCCCGUAGAGGGCGGGGCCUCCCCGGACGCCAUGGAGGUGGGGUUCCGGAAGGGGACCACACAGCUCUUGGGCUCGCGGACGCAGCUCGAGCUGGUCCUGGCGGGGCUCUCUCUUCUGCUGGCCAUGCUGCUUCUGGGCUGCCUGGUGGCCCUGGGGGUCCAGUACCACAGAGGCCCAUCCCACAGCACCUGCCUCACAGAGGCCUGCAUCCGAGUGGCUGGAAAAAUCCUGGAGUCCCUGGACCGCGGGGUGAGCCCCUGUGAGGACUUUUACCAGUUCUCCUGCGGAGGCUGGAUUCGGAGGAACCCCCUGCCUGACGGGCGUUCACGCUGGAACACCUUCAACAGCCUCUGGGACCAGAACCAGGCUGUACUGAAACACCUGCUUGAAAACACCACGUUCAACUCGAGCAGUGAGGCCGAGCGGAAGACGCAGCGCUUCUACCUGUCCUGCCUUCAGGUGGAGCGCAUCGAGGAGCUGGGGGCCCAGCCGCUGCGCGACCUCAUUGACAGGAUCGGUGGCUGGAACAUUACGGGGCCCUGGGACCAGGACAACUUCAUGGAGGUGCUGAAGGCAGUAGCUGGGACCUACAGGGCCACCCCGUUCUUCACUGUCUACGUCAGUGCCGACUCCAAGAGUUCCAACAGCAAUGUCAUCCAGGUGGACCAGUCUGGGCUCUUCCUGCCCUCUCGAGAUUACUACUUAAACAGGACCGCCAACGCGAAAGUGCUCUCAGCCUACCUGGACUACAUGGAGGAGCUGGGGCUGCUGCUGGGGGGACAGCCGGCCUCCACCCGCACGCAGAUGCAGCAGGUGCUGGAGCUGGAGACCCAGCUGGCCAACAUCACGGUGCCCCAGGACCAGCGGCGCGAUGAGGAGAAGAUCUAUCACAAGAUGAGCAUCUCGGAGCUGCAGGCUCUGGCGCCCUCCAUGGACUGGCUGGAGUUCUUGUCUUUCUUGCUGUCGCCGUUGGAGCUGAGUGAGUCAGAGCCUGUGGUGGUAUAUGGGACGGACUAUCUGCAGCAGGUGUCGGAGCUCAUCAACCGCACAGACCCGAGUGUCCUGAACAAUUACCUGAUCUGGAACCUGGUGCAGAAGACAACCUCAAGCCUGGACCAGCGCUUUGAGUCUGCACAGGAGAAGCUGCUGGAGACCCUCUAUGGCACCAAGAAGGCCUGCACCCCGAGGUGGCAGACCUGCAUCUCCAACACGGAUGACGCCCUUGGCUUCGCUUUGGGGUCCCUCUUUGUGAAGGCCACAUUUGACCGGCAAAGCAAGGAAAUUGCAGAGGGGAUGAUCAGCGAGAUCCGGACUGCUUUUGAGGAAGCCCUGGGACAGCUGGUGUGGAUGGAUGAGAAGACCCGCCAGGCAGCCAAGGAGAAAGCAGAUGCCAUCUAUGAUAUGAUUGGUUUCCCAGACUUCAUCCUGGAGUCCAAAGAGCUGGAUGAUGUUUAUGAUGGGUAUGAAGUGUCCGAAGAGUCUUUCUUCCAGAACAUGCUGAAUCUGUACAACUUCUCUGCCAAGGUGAUGGCGGACCAGCUCCGCAAGCCGCCCAGCCGAGACCAGUGGAGCAUGACUCCCCAGACAGUGAACGCCUACUACCUUCCAACCAAGAACGAGAUCGUCUUCCCUGCCGGCAUCCUGCAGGCGCCCUUUUACGCCCGCAACCACCCCAAGGCCCUGAACUUCGGGGGCAUUGGCGUGGUGAUGGGCCAUGAGUUGACACAUGCGUUUGAUGACCAAGGGCGUGAGUAUGACAAGGAAGGGAACCUGCGGCCCUGGUGGCAGAACGAGUCACUGGCAGCCUUCCGGAACCAUACGGCCUGCAUGGAGGAGCAGUACAACCAGUACCAGGUCAACGGGGAGAGGCUCAACGGCCGCCAGACGCUGGGGGAGAACAUUGCGGACAACGGGGGGCUUAAGGCCGCCUACAAUGCUUACAAAGCAUGGCUUCGGAAGCAUGGGGAGGAGCAGCAGCUGCCGGCCGUGGGGCUCACCAACCACCAGCUUUUCUUCGUGGGAUUUGCCCAGGUGUGGUGCUCGGUCCGUACACCAGAGAGCUCUCACGAGGGGCUGGUGACCGACCCCCACAGCCCCGCCCGCUUCCGCGUGCUGGGCACCCUCUCCAACUCCCGCGACUUCCUGCGGCACUUCGGCUGCCCCGUGGGCUCCCCCAUGAACCCGGGGCAGCUGUGUGAGGUGUGGUAGACCUGGGACGAGACAGACAUGGUCAGCUGUCACUGGCUCUGGGCAGCUGCCCGAAAGGCUUGCACCCAGGUUGGGAGAAGACCGAUGCAAACCAGGCUGGGGGCAGCCCCUCCACGCCCACAGGUGACGUGAACCCUGGCUCCCCUCCAACCACGCUGUGCCUCUGCUUUGGGGGUGCCGCGCCGCCAGCAGAGCCUCCGCCUUUCACUGUGACGUCCUCCAUGCUGCCCUGCCUGCCUGAGGUCUGAGGGGGUGCCAGCUCCCACGGGAAGGAGCCUCCUGUGGCCCAAGCUCACUGAGCUCGGUGGCCGUGGAGGCUGUGCCUGGCCCGCGCUGACCAUGCAGGGCCUGGUGCGCCUCCCUGGCUUCUCAGCGCUCCCUUAGGAGCGGACGCAGCUCCCUCCUGCAGCCCUUGGGGCCACUCCUGCCCUUGUGCUUGUGCUGCUGUCCCCAUACUGCUGCCAGCCUGACAGGCCGGCUGUGCUCAGCUCCUAGGGCCGGCCAAGGGCCCCUGGAAGCCCUCCCCACCCCACCCCCGUUUCCCUGGGCUGACGGAAGUGUGGAUGGGUAAGGGAAACUGGCUCUGUGUCUGAGGGGUGACCGAUUGUCCUGGACCAAGCAGGAGAGCAGCCAGAGCAGGGAGAGGGAAGGACAGAGUUUAUUUUCACAGGGGAGAGGGUGGGUGGGUAUGGUCUCAGCCCUGUAGGACCCUGUGCCAAUAAACAGACACGUAUCUGUCACCGU